GGCGGCGCUCCGGGCCUGAGGGGAGAAAGCCGCCGCGGAGGGCGCUGGGGGCGGGUGGCAGCGCAAGAGGCGGCAGUCGGACGGCGGCGCGGGGUUGGCGCGCCCCGGAAUCCGGCCUCUGCACUUGAGGGGAAAUGAGCUCGGCCGACAAGGCCCGGGUGGGGCCCGCGGCCGACGGGCCUGUGCCGCCCGAGGAGGAGGAGGGCGAGGGGGGCGGCGAGGCGGGCGGGAAGGAGCCAGCAACGGACGCGGCCCCCGGGCCCAGUGCAGCGUUCCGCUUCCUGGUAUCUCGGCGGGAGCCGGCCGUGAAGCUGCAGUAUGCAGUGAGCGGCUUGGAGCCGCUGGCCUGGUCGGAGGACCACCGCGUGUCCGUGUCCACGGCCCGCAGCAUCGCUGUGCUGGAGCUCAUCUGCGACGUGCACAACCCGGGCCAGGACCUGGUUAUCCACCGCACCUCGGUGCCCGCUCCUCUCAACAGCUGCCUCCUCAAAGUUGGCUCCAAAGCAGAAGUUGCUGAGUGUAAGGAGAAGUUUGCCACCUCCAAAGACCCCACAGUCAGUCAGACUUUCAUGUUGGAUAGGGUGUUCAACCCUGAGGGGAAGGCGUUGCCACCAAUGAGAGGAUUCAAGUAUACUAGCUGGUCCCCCAUGGGUUGCGAUGCAAAUGGCAGGUGCCUCUUGGCGGCGCUGACCAUGGACAAUCGCCUGACCAUCCAGGCCAACCUCAACAGACUGCAGUGGGUCCAGCUGGUGGAUCUGACUGAGAUUUAUGGAGAACGUCUUUACGAGACCAGUUACAGGCUCUCUAAAAGUGAGGCUCCAGAGGGGAAUCUCGGGGACUUCGCGGAGUUUCAGAGGAGGCACAGCAUGCAGACGCCAGUCCGGAUGGAGUGGUCGGGCAUCUGUACCACUCAGCAGGUUACGCACAACAACGAGUGCCGGGACGUGGGCAGCGUGCUCCUGGCGGUCCUCUUGGAGAACGGGAACAUUGCUGUGUGGCAGUUCCAGCUGCCCUUCGUGGGGAAGGAGUCCAUCUCUUCAUGCAACACCAUUGAAUCAGGAAUCAGCUCUCCUAGUGUUUUGUUUUGGUGGGAAUAUGAGCACAGUAAUCGAAAAAUGAGCGGCCUUAUUGUGGGGAGUGCUUUUGGACCCGUGAAAAUUCUUCCUGUCAAUCUCAAAGCAGUUAAAGGCUAUUUCACUUUAAGGCAGCCCGUUGUCUUGUGGAAAGAAAUGGACCAGUUGCCGGUGCACAGCAUUAAAUGUGUUCCGCUCUAUCACCCUUACCAGAAGUGUAGUUGUAGCUUAGUGGUGGCUGCAAGAGGAUCCUAUGUGUUUUGGUGUCUCCUUCUGAUCUCCAAAGCGGGUCUCAAUGUCCACAAUUCCCACGUCACAGGCCUUCACUCACUGCCGAUUGUCUCCAUGACUGCAGACAAGCAGAAUGGAACAGUAUAUACCUGUUCCAGCGAUGGGAAGGUGAGGCAGCUGAUUCCCAUUUUCACCGAUGUCGCAUUAAAGUUUGAGCACCAGUUAAUUAAACUCUCCGAUGUGUUUGGCUCAGUGAGGACACACGGGAUAGCAGUGAGCCCCUGCGGCGCGUAUCUGGCCGUCAUCACCACUGAGGGCAUGGUCAAUGGCCUCCAUCCCGUGAACAAAAACCACCAGGUCCAGUUUGUCACUCUCAAAACCUUUGAAGAGGCAGCGGCUCAGCUCCUGGAAUCGUCAGUUCAGAAUCUCUUCAAGCAGGUAGACUUAAUAGAUCUUGUACGCUGGAAGAUUUUAAAAGAUAAACACAUCCCUCAGUUUUUACAGGAAGCUUUGGAAAAAAAGAUUGAAAGCAGCGGGGCCACCUAUUUUUGGCGUUUCAAGCUGUUCCUCCUGCGGAUUUUGUAUCAGUCAAUGCAGAAAACCCCUUCGGAAGCAUUAUGGAAACCCACCCAUGAGGACUCCAAAAUCUUAUUAGUUGACUCCCCUGGGAUGGGCAAUGCUGAGGAAGAACAGCAAGAGGAAGGCACGUCUUCCAAACAGGCGAAUAGGCAGGGCCUUCAGGAGAGGAGCAGAGAGGGCGACCCGGAGGACCCCACCGACGAUUCACUGACCCAGGCUGGAGAUGCCGGGGGCCGUGAGCCAAUGGAAGAGAAGCUUCUGGAGCUCCAAGGGAAAAUCGAAGCUGUGGAAAUGCACUUGACCAGGGAGCACAUGAAGCGAGUCUUAGGGGAAGUGUACUUGCACACCUGGAUCACAGAAAACACUAGCAUCCCCACCAGGGGACUCUGUAACUUCCUGAUGUCUGAUGAGGAGUACGAUGACCGAACAGCACGGGUGCUGAUUGGACACAUCUCAAAGAAGAUGAACAAACAGACUUUCCCUGAGCACUGUAGUUUGUGUAAAGAGAUCUUGCCGUUCACAGAUCGCAAACAGGCAGUCUGCUCCAAUGGCCACAUUUGGCUCCGGUGCUUUUUAACCUACCAGUCCUGCCAGAGUUUGAUAUACAGAAGGUGUUUGCUCCACGACAGCAUCGCCCGCCAUCCGGCUCCCGACGAUCCUGACUGGAUUAAGAGGUUACUGCAAAGCCCCUGCCCUUUCUGCGAUUCUCCUGUCUUCUGAACGUCAGUGGCGGGGAGCUAGAAAGGGCACUGCUCUGUGGCGGAAAAUACCCUCUGGCCUGAAGACGUGGGACGCACUGGCUAAGCCUGGCCUCCGAGUGGGAGCGCCUCUUCAGGAGCGUAAACGGCCCUGGGCGCUCGUUCCUGAAGUGCAGUCUCCAUCCCCAGGGACUAAAGGAGAUCUUUAACCGACUGAGCACAGAGACCGUGAGUCAUCUUGAGAGGAGCGCCAGCCCCCCACUCUUUACCCAGGGAGGAACACUUAUUUUUCAAGUGUUUUGACUGAAGCGACUUGAACAAAAAGAAUGCCCUGUCAUUUCUGGGAACAGAAUGACCUCUUCUAGAGCGUUGGGGUAAGGGCCUUGCUGGACUGAAUUAGGCUUUAAUGCCUGUGGGUCUGCAGCUGCCCCGUGGGUCCCCAGAGUGUAAAUGACCUGGCCCGUGGUGGCCGGGGUGCCAGCAGACAUUCCAAGUGUCUACAGUAGCGCUCGGCCCUGAUACUUUGUUCUCCGCAAAUAGCCACAGAUCUGUAUCCCACUGAUUCUUGUUUCUCCUGCGUACUGAAAACGUGUUCAUAAAACUGUAUUUUUAAGAGGUUGAGGCCAAGACUAAAGCUGGUUUUAAUGUGUCAAAAGAUCAGGUGAUUGUUGUAAGUAAAUAAUGGUGACUUAUUUUUGAUGAGCUCCCCCAUUAUCAGAUUUCCAGUCCUAACUCCUUAAUAUGUCAAGGAUGUCAGGUGUUCCCAUUCACCCGUGUCACCUCCCUGCUUCCAGCUGACUGUCAUAGCCCAGAUGAGAUAUUUGUACAUAGAAGAAAAAGAAUAUUUUCUCCUUAAAACUUUUAGUGUUUUUAAUGUUGACAUGUCCAGACAUUUCAUUUGUAUCCACUAUAACAAUGUGCAGUCCAUCUAGAGACUUCCAGAAAACUUCCAGAAAGCAGUGAGCAGCCCGGGCGUGCAGGUGCUUGUGCUCUGGUGUGUGGCUCCGUUGACAAGAGCCUGGGAAUGCUUCGCAGCGAGGGUCCUUGGUAUUUAUAAUACAGGUAUUUUCCUGUGCGCUGUUAAGAGGAGACGUUAGACAUUAAUUGCUCUUAAAUCUAAAAUUAAAAACGGACAUUCAGGACUGACAGUGUUCUUGGAUUGCGAAAAUAGCGACCUAGGGAUCGGCUGAUCAGCAGGACUGUGACGUGCGCGUGUGGACAUGGUGCGCGCUUCUGCGAAGUAGGACAGGAAAUACAAAAUGUGAAAUUCUCACUCCUCUUACAUGCUGUCUGCUUUGCCUUUAUUCUCACGUUUAUUCCUGCCUUUGUCGUGAUUCCUCAGUGGAAGACUUUUUGUCCUUGCUUUAGAAACACUUGCUGUGUGGACAAGACACUCGCAGACAUGGCCACAGGCUGCCGCGUGUCAUGUUCCGCCCUCCCCUGCCCCC